AGCAGUAGCAGUAGCAGUAGCAGUAGCAGUAGCAAUAACAGUAACAGUAACAGUAGCAGUAGCAGUAGCAGUAGCAGUAGCAGUAGCAGUAACAGUAGCAGAAGCAGAAGCAGUAGCAGUUACAGUAACAGUAACAGUAGCAGUAGCAGUAGCAGUUACAGUAGCAGUAGCAGUAGCAGUAGCAGUAGCAGUGGCAGAAGCAGAAGCAGAAGCAGUAGCAAUAACAGUAACAGUAGCAGUAGCAGUAGCAGUAGCAGUAACAGUAGCAGUAGCAGUUACAGUAACAGUAACAGUAGCAGUAGCAGUAGCAGUAGCAGUAACAGUAGCAGUAGCAGAAGCAGUAGCAGUAGCAGUAGCAGUAACAGUAGCAGUAGCAGAAGCAGUAGCAGUUACAGUAACAGUAACAGUAGCAGUAGCAGUAGCAGUUACAGUAACAGUAGCAGUAGCAGUAGCAGUAACAGUAGCAGUUACAGUUACAGUUACAGUAACAGUAGCAGUAGCAGUAACAGUAACAGUAACAGUAGCAGUAGCAGUAGCAGUAGCAGUAACAGUUACAGUUACAGUAACAGUAGCAGUAGCAGUAACAGUAGCAGUAACAGUAACAGUGGCAGUUACAGUAGCAGUAGCAGUAGCAGUAACAGUUGCAGUAGCAGUUGCAGUAGCAGUAACAGUAGCAGUAACAGUAACAGUUGCAGUAGCAGUAACAGUAGCAGUAACAGUAACAGUAACAGUGGCAGUUACAGUAGCAGUAGCAGUAGCAGUAACAGUAGCAGUAACAGUGGCAGUUACAGUAGCAGUAGCAGUAACAGUUACAGUAGCAGUAACAGUUACAGUAGCAGUUACAGUAGCAGUAGCCGUAGCAGUAACAGUAACCGUAGCAGUUACAGUUGCAGUAGCAGUAACAGUAGCAGUAACAGUAACAGUGGCAGUUACAGUAGCAGUAGCAGUAACAGUAACCGUAGCAGUUACAGUAGCAGUUACAGUAACAGUUGCAGUAGCAGUUGCAGUUACAGUUGCAGUAACAGUAGCAGUAACAGUUACAGUAGCAGUAACAGUUACAGUAGCAGUAGCAGUUACAGUAGCAGUUACAGUAGCAGUUACAGUAGCAGUUACAGUAGCAGUAACAGCAGCAGUUACAGUAGCAGUUACAGUAGCAGUUACAGUAGCAGUAACAGUUACAGUAACAGUAGCAGUAACAGUUACAGUAGCAGUAACAGUUACAGUAGCAGUAACAGUAGCAGUAACAGUUACAGUAGCAGUAACAGUUACAGUAACAGUUACAGUAGCAGUAACAGUUACAGUAGCAGUAACAGUAGCAGUAACAGUAGCAGUUACAGUAGCAGUAACAGUAGCAGUUACAGUAGCAGUAACAGUAGCAGUUACAGUAGCAGUUACAGUAGCAGUAACAGUAGCAGUAACAGUUACAGUAACAGUAACAGUAGCAGUAGCAGUAACAGUUACAGUAGCAGUAACAGUUACAGUAACAGUUACAGUAACAGUAACAGUUACAGUAGCAGUAACAGUUACAGUAACAGUAACAGUUACAGUAGCAGUAACAGUUGCAGUAACAGUAGCAGUAACAGUAACAGUUACAGUAGCAGUAACAGUUGCAGUAACAGUAGCAGUAACAGUAGCAGUAACAGUAGCAGUAACAGUAGCAGUAGCAGUAGCAGUAACAGUUACAGUAACAGUAGCAGUUACAGUAGCAGUUACAAUAGCAGUAACAGUAGCAGUAACAGUAACAUUAACAGUAGCAGUAGCAGUAACAGUAACAGUAGCAGUAGCAGUAACAGUAGCAGUAACAGUAACAGUAACAGUAAAAGUUACAGUAGCAGUAACAGUAACAGUAACAGUAGCAGUAGCAGUAACAGUAGCAGUAACAGUAACAGUAGCAGUAGGAGUAGCAGUAACAGUAGCAGUAGCAGUAACAGUAACAGUUACAGUAGCAGUUACAGUAGCAGUAACAGUAACAGUAGCAGUAACAGUAACAGUAGCAGUAACAGUAGCAGUAGCAGUAGCAGUAGCAGUUACAGUAGCAGUAACAGUAGCAGUUACAGUAGCAGUAACAGUAGCAGUAACAGUUGCAGUAACAGUUGCAGUAACAGUAGCAGUAACAGUGGCAGUUACAGUGGCAGUUACAGUAGCAGUAGCAGUUACAGUAGCAGUUACAGUAACAGUAACAGUUACAGUAGCAGUUACAGUAACAGUAACAGUAGCAGUAACAGUAGCAGUAACAGUAACAGUAACAGUUACAGUAGCAGUAACAGUAGCAGUAACAGUAGCAGUUACAGUAGCAGUUACAGUAGCAGUUACAGUAACAGUAACAGUAGCAGUAACAGUAGCAGUAACAGUAGCAGUAACAGUAGCAGUUACAGUAGCAGUAACAGUAGCAGUAACAGUAGCAGUAGCAGUAGCAGUAGCAGUUACAGUUACAGUUACAGUAGCAGUAGCAGUAGCAGUAGCAGUAGCAGUUACAGUAGCAGUAACAGUAACAGUAACAGUAACAGUAACAGUUACAGUAGCAGUAACAGUAGCAGUAACAGUAACAGUAGCAGUAACAGUAGCAGUUACAGUAGCAGUUACAGUAGCAGUUACAGUAACAGUAACAGUAGCAGUAACAGUAGCAGUAACAGUAGCAGUUACAGUAGCAGUUACAGUAGCAGUAACAGUAACAGUAACAGUAGCAGUAGCAGUUACAGUUACAGUUACAGUAACAGUAGCAGUAGCAGUAGCAGUAGCAGUUACAGUAGCAGUAACAGUAGCAGUAACAGUAGCAGUUACAGUAGCAGUUACAGUAGCAGUUACAGUAGCAGUAACAGUAACAGUAGCAGUAACAGUAGCAGUAACAGUAACAGUAGCAGUAACAGUAACAGUAGCACUAACAGUAGCAGUGACAGUAGCAGUAACCGUAGCAGUAACAGUAGCAGUAACAGUAACAGUAGCAGUUACAGUAACAGUAGCAGUUACAGUUACAGUAGCAGUAGCAGUUACAGUAACAGUAGCAGUAACAGUAGCAGUAACAGUAAAAGUUACAGUAGCAGUAGCAGUAACAGUUGCAGUAACAGUAGCAGUAACAGUAACAGUUACAGUAGCAGUUACAAUAGCAGUAACAGUAGCAGUAACAGUAACAGUAACAGUAGCAGUAGCAGUAACAGUAGCAGUAGCAGUAGCAGUAGCAGUAACAGUAGCAGUAACAGUAGCAGUAACAGUAACAGUAACAGUAAAAGUUACAGUAGCAGUAACAGUAACAGUGGCAGUAACAGUGGCAGUAGCAGUAGCAGUAACAGUAGCAGUAACAGUAGCAGUAACAGUAACAGUUACAGUAGCAGUGGCAGUGGCAGUAACAGUAACAGUAGCAGUAGCAGUAGCAGUUACAGUAGCAGUAACAGUUGCAGUAACAGUAGCAGUAACAGUAGCAGCAGUAGCAGUUACAGUAACAGUAACAGUAGCAGUAACAGUAGCAGUAACAGUAACAGUAGCAGUAGCAGUUACAGUUACAGUAGCAGUUACAGUAGCAGUAACAGUAACAGUAGCAGUAACAGUAGCAGUAACAGUAACAGUAGCAGUAGCAGUAGCAGUAGCAGUUACAGUAGCAGUAACAGUAGC